GAAGGAAGCGGAGAUAAGGCGAAGAAGGAAAGGAAAGAAAGGCAGAUAACUAACAGGAGGAGGAGGAGAAGGAGGGAUGGAGAGAAGGAGGGAGAGGCAUAAAGGUGCAGGUAGAGGUAGGGAAGAGGAGGAGGAGGAGGAGGAGGAGAGGAGAAGGGCGUACAUAGGGAGGAGGAGGAAGACCUGCGUUGAGGAGACGGAGAGAGGCGGGUCAGUGUCGCGUGGACCCGGAUGGAGAGAGGAGCUGCCACGCGCCCUCCCCACAGCCUGGUCGUGUGCCUUUGCCCGCUCUACGCACGCCGCCACGCCACCCUCAGGCGCGGCCCCACGCCCCGCGCCUUCGCUACCGGAGUGCCGUGCUGUACCCCCAGAAGAAAAAGCACAAAAGGAAUCGACGAUGUGAGAUAGUUACGGUGGAGUUCAAUUUACCAUGUCGGGGGCGGGAAGCGAGUGAGUGUGCGAGUGCCAGUGGAGCGACGGAGGAGCAGGUGCAAGUGGAGGAGAAGGGAAAUGCCCCGACAGGUAGCAGUAGCAGCCAGUCCACGCCCCAGGAUGGAGGUGGACGCGGCCGCCCUCCGCCUCCACUCCCGGGGCCUCUGACGCCUCCUACACCCACCACCAGCACCACCACCACCACCGAUGCCACCACCACCAUCCACAUGGGUCACGACGAGGAGGACAAGGCGGUAGCCAUGAGCGAGGAGGGCGGGGGCCGGCAGGUGGUGGUGGUGUGCGAGGACAAGGCCACCAGUACGGACGACGAGCUGCUGGUCUCACCCGCCCCGGUGGACCGCCCCUUCGAUGGCCUCGGCCCCGACAACUGCUUCCGCUACAUGGCCCACGCGGCGCAGGUGUGGGGAGCUGACCUGGUGGGCAUGGAGCGCCCCUACAGCAGCCGCAGCGGACGCUACCUGCGCCACCAGGAGUCCCUCAGCAGCAACAGCGACGUGUCCCGCCCGCAGCGGCAGGUGAAGCUCCGCCGACAAAGGACGUCAGAGUCCUGCGACAACGAGUGCCUGCGGCGUCCCAAGACGCGGGAGCUGCGGCGCCAGUGGACCACCGACUCCUCGGAUUCCGGGUACGGCUACUCCAAGCGGUGCUCCCGGGAACCACUGCGGCGCCAAGACACGGAGGAGUCAGCGGACUCCUCCAGACGCCUCAUCCGUGACCUGCAGCGGCAAGCCACCACCGAGUCGACGUCCUCGCUGAGGCUGACGCGCCAGUCGUCCAUCAGAAGCGCCUCCGACAACCAGAGCCUCUUCCUGAUGCGACAGUCGACGGUGGACACCUAUGAUGACAUGUCCACCACGGACUUCUCGCGGCCGCAGUCGUGCACCGCCAGUACCGGCGGCGUCCUGAUGGACUUCUUGCCGCACGCCUUACCCCCUGACGCCGCCCAUCAGCCCCGCUCUGAGGCGCCCGGCCAGACCGUCCUCUCGGAGUUCUCGGCGUGCUACAACCCCAAGAAGGUGGCCUGUGGCUUUAACAACUACAACAGCACAGACGCCCUCUCCACCACGCUGGCGGCGCCGCUGCUGUCCACCACCUCCUGCUCCCUCAUCAACCUGAGCGCCGUGGACCUGGAGGCGGCGGACAUCAAGAAGCUGCAGCACAACCUAUGCUCCACCUACCGGCCGGAGCAGCAGCGGAAGGCCCGACGGAAGAAGCCUCGCCUGAGCAGCGAGAAUGACGCGCUGCGGAAGGCGCGGGAGCGGGUGCGGCGGCGCAAGGAGGACGACGAGAUGCCUCGCAAGGUGCGCUGGUCCAUCAUGGCCACGGGGCUCAUCCUGCUGCUCAUGUCGGUCAUCCUGGUGGGCGCCACGCUCAAAAUGGCGCCGCUCAUCGACGAAAUGGUGAGGAAGGAGAACGAGGACAUCCUGAGGGAGCUGCACGCGGCCUCGGUGGGGAUACAGAACAUCAACGCGACGCAAGUUCCGCCCACACAACCCGACUCCAGCCCCGACCUCUCCUCCACCAGCCCCCCCGAGCCCCCCUCCAGCCCCCCGCACCCCUCUUCCAGUCCUGACCCCAGCCACUCCUGAAGCCCCGCGUCGCCUGCUCCUUGGCAUCUUGUAACUCCCUGGAUUUGAUCUCCUCGUGGCUUGUAGGAGACUUAGGGUCGUGGAUGGCUUGGCGGUGUUGUCCUGGAGCCGCCGCCAGCCUCGGGAGUGCCCUCGUUCGUUACCCCUUCAGGAGGACUCGACGGGGACAAAUUGUGCUCCUCCCGACACGACCUCGACCCCCAGAAGCCUCCGCGGCAACUCGGUACUUCAUGUCUUGUGCGGGGGAGCGAACACGGAGGGAACACGGGAAAAAUAUCACCGGGUUUCCAUUUUUCACGGCUGACUCUGGGCGCCUCUCAACACGCGCCCCGCCAACCCCUGCCCUGUGCCCUGCGUUUUGCUACGGGGGUCGGGGCAGGGGUAGCCAGGCGUGUGUAGGCGCCCUAGGCAAGCCCCACGCCCACAUACCCUGUCCCCGCCCACGCCCUUGUCUUGAGGCGGGGUCGGGGCGGGGGUAGUCAGGUGUGGAAGGCGUGGGGUCACCUUGCCGGCGUGGGAUCAGUGUCCGUUCCUGCCUGUGUCCCGCGAGGCCUCACGUGCUGGCCUCGCUGCGUUGCUGUGCUCACACCCCGCCGGCGGCCCAGGCUGGCACCCGAGCCCUGUGUGGACGAGUCUGCUGGCCGGCUUGGCUCCUGGACCCUCGUGACGUCAUCGCGAGAGUGGUUUUCCGCGUAGCUAUAGUGUGUUGAUGUGGAAUGUAUCACAGAAAAAAGUUGUAUUGUUACAGAAAAUCAUCACUAAAUAUCGGUGAUGCAAAAGCUACACUGUGUUGACUUGGAAACUAUUACAGAAAGAUUUGUUUUGUCACGAAAAUAUUACCGGACCUGGUUUUCCUUGUCCCGAUCAAUCAAAAGACCCACUAAAAGAUAGGCAAUGCAAAAUCUACACUGUGUUGACUCGGAAACUAUUACAGAAAGAUUUGUUUUGUCACGAAAAUAUUACCGGACCUGGUUUUCCUUGUCCUGAUAAGUCAACAGACCCGCUAAAAGAUAGGCAAUGCAAAAUCUACACUGUGUUGAUUUGGAAACUACUAGAGAAAGCUUUGUAUUGUCACGGAAAACAUUACCGGGCCUGGUUUUCAUUGUCCUGAUCAGUCAAGAGUCACCGGCAGCUACACGUCGCAUGCAAUAGCUUCCCCGAGUCACAGAGUAGCGGCGCCACGUGGGUCCAAUAAAGAGCUGGUCGGCAGGCAGUCCACUUGGGGGCCGCGGACUCCAGCGCUGCGGCCGAGCUGGUGCGGCGACAGAUCUCGUCACGUCAGUGGAUGUCUAUAAUCAAACGUCGUUGUUUUUAUAUACAGGUGACAUGAGUGGCAGUUUAUAUCUAAGGCAAUAACUACCUUAGACAACAGGUGUGGUCCAGGUAGCGGCCCGUGUUGUUGUUGAGUGUCCACGUUGCUGUUCAGAGCGUGUUAUUAUAUCAUUAUUAUUUAUUUGUAUACAUGAGAACACCCGGACUCUAUACGCUUCACUGUUUACAAGAUCUUGGAGGGUUUUAUUUUCCACCGGACAGAGUUAGUUAGUUAUUCCACCUUGCGUCGUCACUUCCCUGUACAUAUUGAUGAGUCUACGUGGUAAUAUCUAUGCUAUCCAAGAGAGUACUAACUUCACCUUGCUGUCCGCUGUUCCUACGUCUCCUAGUUAUAGGCCUGCUGUAUUGGAACCUUCUCCGGUAGUCUGUCUGUAGUGCUGGGCGAGGAGGAGGAGGAGGAGAGUCAAGGAGAAAGAUGAGAGCGAAAGAGAGACUGAAGAAGAAAAACGGACGAAAGAGAGAGAAGGGAGAGGGAGAGGAAAGAACGGGAAGGAAAAAGAAAAGCCAAGAAUUCAAUAAGGAAGAGUGGGAUGUAAAGGAAAACAGAGGAUGAGAUGGAGGAGAAGGGAGAGGGAGAGGAAAUAACAGGAAGGAAAAAGGAAGACCAAGAAUGUUAUGAGGAAGAGUAGGAAAAAAGGAAGGGAAGGAAAAAGAAGAGAGAGAGAAGAGGAAAGACCUGAGAAGAAAAAGUACACCAAGAACGUUAUAAGAAGGAAGAAGUAGAAGAAAAGGAGAGAACGAAGUGAAAGAGAAAGAGAAAGCAAGAAAGGAGUGAAAGGAAGAGAAAUGAGCACCAAGAAAGUUUUAAUAAGGAAGAGGAAAUGGGAAGAAAGAAGAUAAUAGGCGAGGAUGAAGUGAAGAGCAAAGAGGAGGAAAGAAGAAUAGGGAGAGGAGGGAGAGGAAAGUACAGGAGGGAAAAAAAGGGACGUCAGGAAAGUUAUGAGGAGGAGGAAGAAGAGGAGGACGAAGCGGGGAGAGUCUGGGAAGAAAAAAAAAAGAUCAUGAGAAAAAAUAUGAAACAGGAAACAAAAAAAAGGAGAUAAGUUAGGACAAGGAGCUUAAACGAGAGAGAGAGAGAGAGAGAGAGAGAGAGAGAGAGAGAGAGAGAGAGAGAGAGAGAGAGAGAGAGAGAGAGAGAGAGAGAGAGAGAGAGAGAGAGAGAGAGAGAGA